AGGUUACGUGUAUUUACACUAAUACACACGCAGGCGAAACGUCAAACGAGAAGAAUAUCAGAACAGAAAAUCAGUGAGUUGGUCACCGGAGAAAAAAAACAUUUCAAUUUUACUUGAACAAAGUAUUAAAAACCAGCAAUAAUUUGAAUGGAAAUAAUACGAAAAAACUAAAAACAAGAUGAUUUCAAUACUGAACUAUCUCGAUUAUUAUUUCAUUGCAAAAAUACUUUUGCUUUGGGUUUUCAUAUUGGUUUUCAGUGUGAUUGCUUCAGUUUAUCUGCUUCGGCGUCACGUGUUGAACAAAAAGUUGAAAUCUCGUGGUCAGCAGCAGGAUGUCGUCCAGGUUGGAAUUUUCCAUCCGUACUGCAAUGCUGGCGGAGGUGGUGAAAGAGUUUUGUGGUGUGCCAUUCGAGCUCUCCAGCAGGAAUAUAACAGUAAAAUCCGUAUCAAAAUCUAUACCGGCGACACGAAUGUGAGCGGCGAAGAGAUACUGCAGAAUGUACAGAAAGUGUUCAACAUUAAGUUCGAUGAGAGUGAAAUUGAUUUUAUUUUCUUGCAAAAACGCUACUGGGUCGAAGCAGAACGAUAUCCACGCUUUACGCUGCUGUUUCAAAGCUUAGGUUCAAUGGUCAUGGGAAUGGAAGCACUUUUCCAAUAUCAACCUGAUGUUUUCAUCGACACAAUGGGCUAUGCAUUUACUUAUCCACUGUUUCGGUACUUUGGAGAGUGCAAAGUUGGAUCCUAUACUCACUAUCCAAUUGUCAGUACGGAUAUGCUGAAACGUGUCAAGAAUCGUGUGUUUGCGCAUAAUAACCAAAGCUAUGUGACGAAAAACCCAUUCUUGACCUGGCUCAAACUCACUUACUACCGCAUCUUUGCAAAGAUCUACGGCUGGGUUGGUCGUUCGGCUCUGACAGUAAUGGUGAAUUCAUCGUGGACCGAAGGCCACAUCUUGGAUUUGUGGAAUAUGCCGUUUCAAACACAUCGUGUCUAUCCACCAUGUGAAGUGUCACAUCUGAAGAAUUUGAAGCACAUUGAAUCAGAUAAAAUUAUCAUUCUGUCCGUCGGUCAAUUUCGUCCAGAAAAAGACCAUCCAUUGCAAUUGCAAGCAAUGUAUGAGCUGAGAACAUUGCUUGAGAAGAAUGAACCGCUUUGGGAAAAGGUGAAAUUGGUGAUAGUUGGUUCAUGUCGUGGCAAAGACGAUGAAGAGAGGAAGAAGAGCAUGGAAGAUUUAACUAAACACUUAUCGCUGGAAAACACAGUAGAGAUCAAAGCAAAUAUUCCGUACUCCGAAUUGAUUGAAAAUUAUCAAAAGGCUUCGAUUGGCUUGCACACGAUGUGGAAUGAACAUUUUGGCAUUAGCGUUGUUGAGCUGAUGGCCGCUGGUCUGGUCACCGUCGCAAACAGAUCAGGGGGUCCGCUAAUGGAUAUAAUUGAAACAUCCGAAGGCAGUCGAACUGGAUUAUUGGCCGUUGAUGCGCUUGAUUAUGCCCAUUGUAUCGCAAACAUACUGUACAACAGCAAUGAGGAGAAUGAUACUAUACGCAUUGCUGCCAGAUCUUCAUGCGAUCGUUUCUCCGAGGAAGAAUUCGAGAAAAACUUUUUGCGAGCUGUUACUCCACUCUUUGAUGACUGAGCCCAAAGCAUUUAAUCCAAAUACUAAUUUAUUUGCCGACAUCGAUUGCAUUCGACAUUUUUAAACACAUUUCACCAGAAAUAAAAUCGUCUACAACGAAGUUUCCUAUUAUUUUCACUAUAACUAUAGUUUAUUGAGAAAAAAAUCCUCGUUUUUGUUAAUUGUAAAUACAAUACGUAUAGUAUACGUUAUGUUAGAAAUAUUGCUUGCGAAAAUAAAAUUGGAGAAAAAAAAUUAUUCAAAAA